CAACCCAUGACACAGACCAUGCAGCAGCCCAUGACACAGACCAUGCAGCAACCAAUAACGCAGACCAUGCAACCGCCAAUGGGAAUGCCGGUGAUGAAUACUGGAAUGAUGCCUGUUAUAGGAAAUGUUGGCGUUACUCCGUCUACGUCUUCCGUAGCCGGAACGAUUGGAAAUCUCAGUUUAAAUGAUGUGCAAAUUCAAGAAGCUCAAAAGUCGCAACUUUUGCUUCAAGUUCUUAAUCUUCCACAACAACAGAUUGAUAUGUUACCACCUGAACAACGUAACCAUGUUUUAGCUUUGGUGGAAACAACAACUUUUACUCCAAACCAGGCAGACGUAAGUGGAAUAAUGGGUA